GCCUGAUUCAUAGCCUCUUACAGUGACUCCUUGUAGCUAACACUUGAGUCAUAUGCUUUCUGUGAAGUCAUCCUUCAGACGGCUCCUGCGCAGCGUGACAAUCGCAACGUGUUUGUUGCGGAGUUUUUACCGUGACGACCGGCGUCCGGUGGCGUCACAAUUGCGGUCACGUACUGAGCGUCUUAUUUCACAAAUCUAUCAGUUAUGUCACAGUAAAAGUGGAGGUUUCUAUUGUGUGUGUUUCUAGUUGCCAUAGUGUUUGUAUGGUGGGAUUGUGAUGAGUGACCGACAUGUACAUGUAAUCUUUAGGCAGGCCUACACUGUAGUUAGCCAUGAAGUUACAUUUUGCAUACUACUGCAGCGUAUGACAUUUUAGCCUAUAUCCCAGUUAGCCUACAUAGCCUAAUUCACGAUUUUUAAGACUCCAAAGUAGUCUUGGGAAAAAAUGUCUAUCAAGAUGCCCAGAAUAUUGGGGAAAAAGAACACAAAUCCUAUAACAGUGGAGGUCAAAGCUAGCUCUGGUGACUUGUCGUCAGAUGAUGAAUUCCAAGUUGAAGAUGAAUAUGGGUCCCUUGCUCAAACGCCAAUCUCUUACCAGGAUGAAAUGGCCAAAGUUGAAAGCCUUGCGUCCCUAAACUCCAGCAUGAGCCGGCGAGGCAGCAAAGUGAAGGUGUUCGUCCGCACCCGGCCCACGGACAAGUUUGCCCAUGACCUGAUUGACUUUGAGAUGGAGUCCCAGGCGGUCAAUGUGCAUGCCAAGAAGGAUGCGCGGCGGGGUGUGGUCAAUAACCAGUUGUUGGACUGGUCCUUCACAAUGGACGGGAUACUCCACAAUGCCAGCCAGGAUCAGGUUUAUGACCAGACGGCAUCCGAUCUGGUGGGACAGCUGCUUGAUGGAUACAACGGUACACUGAUGUGUUACGGGCAGACAGGAGCUGGUAAGACAUUCACCAUGACAGGAACCACUGAGAACUACCAGCAGCGUGGUGUCAUUCCACGGGCGAUUGCUCAGGUGUACAAAGAAAUUGAGGAGAGAGGGGAACAGGCAGUGACGGUCCGCAUCUCCUACCUGGAGAUCUACAACGAGGCCAUGUUCGACCUGCUGAGCACAUUACCGGACGCCAUCCAGGCCCUGCCCAUGAUGACCAUCAGCGAGGACGAGUUUGGGGUCAACAUCAAGGGGCUGUCGUUGCAUCUUGCCCAAAAUGAGGAGGAGGCCCUCAACCUGCUGUUUGAGGGUGAGACCAACCGAGCCAUAGCCUCUCAUACCCUAAACCAGGCCUCAUCUCGCUCCCACUGCAUCUUCACCAUCCACGUGGAGUCGCGGUCGCGGACAGACUCCACUGCCAAGUACAUGAAGAGCAAACUCAACCUGGUCGACCUGGCCGGAUCAGAGAGGCUUGGAAAAACAGGGUCUGAAGGCAAGACCCAACAGGAAGCCAUGUUUAUCAACAAGUCGCUGACGUUCCUGGAGCAGACCAUUAUCGCCUUGGCUGACAAGAAGCGGGAUCACAUACCCUACCGACAGACCAAAUUGACCCACGCUCUCAAGGACUCACUCGGUGGCAACUGCAACACCAAGCUGAUCGCCAACAUUUGGGGGGAGGCGGCCCAGAUUGAGGAGACAAUCUCCACACUGCGCUUUGCCAUCCGCAUGCGAGGCAUCAACAUUGAGCCGGCCGUCAACGAGUUCUUUGAUCCAGUGGUACUCGUCAAGAAACUCACCAAGGAAAUCGAGCAUCUGAAGCACGAGCUAGCAAUGCAUGAUACCCUGGCCAACAGAAGUCAGGUCAACUAUGAGCCUCUGUCUGAGGCCCAGCGGCUGGAGAUCCAGAGCCAGGUCCGGCGCUACCUGGAUGGCACCAUUGACGAAUUGGACGUGGUCAACGUCCGGCAGAUCCAGACAGUCUUCACCUCCUUCAAGAGCAUGGUGGGCCAGAUGGAGCAAGAUGUGGAGGCCCGGCUGCGCAGCAAGUACACCCUGAUCGACCGGAUGGACCCUGCCGCUGUGGCAGCAGCUCAGAAGGCAGGUGUGGUGUUUGAUGACAACGGAGGGGCCACCUAUGUCGGUGAAGUGGAUGGCCAGGGUUUCGGCCUAGGUGUUGCCCCUUCCUCUGCAAAGCCCACUCACUCUGCCAUUGUAUCAGCCAAGAAAGCCAAAUCCAAGAGGGGCAAAGACAGAGCAAGCCCGCAACCCACCAAGGUUGUCCAAGGCACGACCAGUCCUGUCCCCAGCACCCACCCCACAGAGCAGUCCUCACCGGUCCGCCCCGCUCCCUUGGAGAUGAGGGAGUCGGCGGUGCGUGCCGAGACGGCCUCAGCGGCUGGGUCCGGUGGGCCUCUGUCCGAGCUGCCCCAGCUGCCACGGGCCAGCACCCCGCCGCUCCGCACUGUUGCAUUUGAGGAGUUCAAGCACGAGAGGGGGAGCGAGAUCAAUCGCAUACUCAUUGAAAACAAAGAUAUUCUCGGAGCUAAAAAGAAGCAGUGCCGAGACCUGGCCAAGACCAUCAACACCACCAAGGAGGACAUUGACCAGACGCGACAGGCCAUCGACAAAGUCAGGAACGAUAGAGCUGAGCAAGGAGAUUUUGCCACUGAAAACGGUGAGUUGGUGAUCUCAGAAGAAGAGUUCCAGCUGAUCCGAAAGCUGAAGGAGCUGAAGGCUGCCUACCGGUUGGACUACGAUGAACUGCGGCAGGUCAAGUCAGAGGUGCAGUACUGUCAGAAGCUGGUGGACCAAUGCAGACAGAGGCUCAUCACAGAGUUUGACACUUGGUACUCUGAGUGCUUCUUGAGUAGCGAAGACCAGCAGACCAGCGCACAGGCAGGUUUUGGGAUGAGGCUGGGCACCAUGUAUAACGGAGACAUGCCGGAAGAUGAAGGAGAGAAAUUUGAGCGUCUACAAUCCCAGCUUCUAAUGGAGAACCCUGAUUCUGCCUCCUUCUACAAUGCAAGGAUGCGCACCGAUAGACGGCAAACGCUGGAGUCUGCCAUGCGUCAAACCCAGCCCAGACCUCAAGCCGACAGACGAGCAGUGGGUACCCCGUCAAGGACAAUCCGCAACCAACCCCCAUCGCUGAUGGCUGUACAGAACUAAAUGCUGUCACUGUUUGCGCUGCUUAAAAAAAAUAUUACAUAAUGUGUCCCACAUUUACCAAGUUGAUCUGAUAUUUUUGCAAGCUGUGUCAGGCAGAAUUUGGGUUUUUAUAAGACUUCAACUGAAUUUCCUCCCUUGCUAAUUAUAGGUCAGUCUCCUUUGGAUUUUCUGGAUAAAAUUUUUGGGAUUUUUAUUCAACUUUGUGGUUUCUAUCCCUUUUUUCUUACCUUGUGGUUUGCCGAUCAAAUUGCAAGAAUAUUUCAUCAACCACAGAACCUUGAAUUUAUCCAUAACAGCAUUUGCAUCCGUUUUUGGUGCCAGAAAAACUAAAAACUGCUGAUUUAGUUGAACAAAAAGUGAUACUUCAAGAGGCUAGGUGAAUUUCUCCAUAGCUGUCCAGGAUCCUGAUCUGAGAACAGACUAUUCCUUAUUUUCCAUAUU